AUGGAAAUAGCUAUGAAUUGCAAUGUUCCAAAAACAAAAGAUCUUGAAAACCUCACUGAUCUAAUUGCAGAAAUGGUGCAGAAUGGCCACAGUUUGAGUCCACAAACUAUCGAGGACAUUUUUGAAAAACUGAUCGAUGGAAAAAGGAAACUGUCCGAAAAGUUGAAGCCUGGAGAAUUGGAAGAAGAGCAAAAAAAUGAGGCGCAAGAGACAUUGCUUUUUAAUGCUCUAUAUCUCUUGGUGAUGUACACCAAAGUUCGAGUUUCCUUGGAAAUGAAAAGUGGAAACAUGAUUGAUCUUCUUCAAAGAUUUCUGCGUUUAGAGCCUCGCACCCGUGAUGGAAAUACACCUUUGCACUCGACUGUAUGGCAUAAGACUCCUGUUCGUAAAGACGCUUUUUUGCCACGUGUAUGCAAGCUUCCCUGUGUUGAGACCAUGAAGCUACUUUUACAUGCAGGGUGUGAUGUGAAUUCUCUUAACACCCAAGGAAACACUCCACUUCAUUUAGCUGUUACUUUUGUACCAGGACCUGAACAAGAAGAAAUUUUGAAAGAAAUGCUAGAGUUGUUGUUGGAUCUCGGCGCAGAUACAAAGCUUGUUAACAAGAAUGGUCAAACAGUUAUGGACUGCUGCGAGACUGACGAAGCCCGUGGCAUCCUGUCUGCAAAAGGAGGACUGGGUGCCAUGAACAUCGAGGCCAGAAAGGCAAGAAAGGUCUGAUUUUAAGGCUUUAUAUAUUUUCCCUAAAUUAUCACAGUAAGCAUCCUGAUGAAAUGGGAGAACUUUUAGUUUAUUUCUCCAUAGGAUCUUGUGUUGAUGAUGUUUCAUAACGCCUGGUUGCCUUUCUUUUACUUUAAUGGUUUCCAAACUCAUCCUUUUAUGAAUGAAAAUAUUCAUUAUGAUGCUGUGAUAAUCAAAGGAAGCAUCAUUUUGGUGCAUUAAAAAUUGAGUUUCACCGCCGAAAAUAUAUGAACUAUCACGGAAAGUUAAAAUGUUUAUAUAUUUAUAUGCCCCCAUUUCCCCCCACCUCCGAAAGGAAAGGGCAAAAACAGAACUUUAUGGCCUCUCUUGAAGUGUUCCAUAUUUGAGACUAGUAUGAGAAAAAAAAUAAUAAAUGUGCGAAAUAAAUAUAACUCAAUCUGAUGGUGGCUUUCAAGCAAUAGCAAGCCGUUAGGUGGAUUUGUUGAUCAAGUUACCAGACUUAUGAUCACCUGUCCGAUUAAUGUUUAUAUAACAAAAACAAAGCAAUUUAAAUGAAAGUUCAAACAGCAAAACGAGAAGAAUUGAAGUGAUUUCUGACUGUCGAUGAUUCGGAAUGAAUUGCAAAACAGUAAGAGCACACUGAUCCCUAAUUAUAAUUCUAAAAAUUUAGGCCUUUCCUUAAUUUUGUAAUGUGACUCGCUUUUCAGUAAAGGUUUAUUUAUAUUUACGGUCUGGCUUUAGUGUCGGUUGAUUUCGUUCGCAUUUGAUGUAUGAACACUUGUUUACUUAUGAUACAAGUAGCCAAAAUGAAUUUGCUUUGAAGACGCAGGGAAACGCGGUCAUACGGAAUGAAAUUAUCAGACAGCGCAAAAACCGAUGACAUCCCUCUACAGCGCAUAUUUUUACUGGCAACUAUCAUAAUAAUCUUAAAAAGCUCUUCAGUCUUUUUGUUGAACAUUUGAUGUUAUCUUGAAUUGCUUGAAGCUUGAAUUACCAGAGCAAUUUGCCACUAUGGAAUCAUCACGUGGGGAGUUCGUUUAAAAUAAAUCAUAACAAUUCGUGUGCAGGCUAAACUUAUGACGUCCAAACAUCAAUGACAGCGAUGGCAUGAACUCGCACGCAGCAUGUUUUGUAACGGGUCAACCAGCUAAAUACUCCUGAUAUAACAAUAGUUGAAAUGGUAUAAGUAGAUUCAGUUAGCUAGUAUAUAAAAAUAACUAUAAGAAUACAUAUAUAUUAUACUAGUACACAUUUGAAGAAGAGACCUCAUUGGUUUUCAAAGGUCCACUGGAGAAUAAGCAAACCAAAACUUUACGAAUAAAAAAUUAAAUUAAAAGAGGCUAUCUAAAACGCAUUUAGGUUCCCAUUUCAACUUGAGCAUGGCAUAGGUCUUUUUAAGUCUGUUAAUCAUAACAAAGGCAAAUCAUGUAAAAACGUAACAUUUAAGUUCCUGAUAAAAAUACAGCAAGGCCCAGAUUUUUUUUUGAUUUCGUUUGGCAGGGAAACUCGGUGUACAUGUACCAAAAUGUUUUUUUUUUUCCUAAGUUGCUAUGUGUUUGCCAUUUUUUUCUAAGAAUGAAGUAACUGGAAGUGGAGUCGGUGAAGGAAGAGGAGAAAGAUUUGUUCUUGGAACCGAAAAAGACCUAAAUGAGAAUGUUAAAAGGGAAACGAAAAGGAGAUCAGGUAAGAGGAUAUUGUUGAGGAACAAAUUUGUAAAGAAAAAUAAUUGUAGGAAAGACCAGGGAGUUCCGUUAUGAGCUUUUAGGUAACAAUAUUAGUUAACAGAGGGGAAUUGAAUAUAUUACAAAUAUUUUUUACACAGACAGCGGUGGGUGCCAAGUAAUUUAAAAUGGAGUCCAAAAUGAUUUAGAUCCUAAGUUUGAAUGUCUUUUGACAUAAAACUUACCCAGAGAGAGAGAGGAAUAUGUUUUGGGUUUUCGGUUCGCGCUCUGUGAGACAAGCUGAAAAUUGCCUUGUUCUAUUUUCAUUAUCUAAGGACUAUUUAGGGAGUUGACACAGCAGUUGGAACACUUUCAACCAAGAAACAGGGAUGGAGAACUGAGGGAGAUGACACAGAAGUUGAAAAAUGUUCGUAGGCAACUACAAGAGAGAGAUGAACAACUAUCAGAAAAAGAUCGCCAACUAAGAGAGAAAGAUGAACAACUUAGUGAGAAGACACAGCAGGUGACAAAUACUCAAGGGAAACUAAAGGAGAAAGAUAAACAACUGAGAGAGAAGACACAGCAGUUGACUAAUGUUCAAGGGCAACUACAAGAGAAAGAUAAACAACUGAGAGAGAAGACACAGCAGUUGAUAGACGUCCGGAGUCAACUACAAGAGAGAGAUGGACAACUGAUGGAGAGGACACAGCAGUUAACAAAUACUCAAGGGCAACUACGAGAGAAAGAUGGGGAACUGAGGGAGAAGACACAGCAGUUGACAAACGUCCGGAGAGAUGGACAAUUGAGGGAAAUGAGGAUUCAGUUGACUGAUCUCCAGAGGCAAGUGCAAGAAAGAGAUGGACAACUGAGGCGGAUGACACAACAGUUGACAAAUACUCAAGGGCAACUACAAGAGAGAGAUGGAGAACUGAAGGAGAAGACACAGCAGUUGAAAAAUGCGGAAGAACAGCUACAAGGGAAGGAUGAGGAGGUUUCUUCCUUAGAGAGCCGGCUGGAGGAAAAAGAACAGCAGGUAGACGAACUAGAAGAGUCUCUCUCAGCAACUCGACAGGCGUUAAAUAGACUUUCACGCCAACAAUCACCUGACUGGGUCAUUCCGCGUGAUGAGAUUCAACUGACAGAGGAGUGCCUUGGUACGGGUGGUUGGGGAAUUGUAGUUAAAGGCAGAUACUGCGGGUGCACUGUUGCCGUGAAACAAAUCUAUGACAGUCUUUUGAAAUCUUCCUCAUAUUAUCGGGAGUCGUUCGAGAGAGAAAUGAAUAUUGCCUCCAGAUGUCGCCACCCUUGUUUGCUUCAGUUUAUUGGAGCAACAAACGAUGAACGAAGUCCUUUGUUUGUCACAGAGCUCAUGGAAACAAGUUUGCGAGCACUGCUAGAGCUGCGAUCUCUUUCUCCCACUGAAGUGUCUGUCAUCUCUUUAGACGUGGCUCGAGCAUUAAACUAUCUUCACCUGAAGAAACCAUCCCCCAUCAUUCACCGCGACAUCAGCAGUGCCAAUGUGUUGCUGUGGCGAGAAGCUGACCAAUGGCGAGGCAAAGUGUCGGAUUAUGGCACGGCUAAUUUCAAGCGAGACAUUAUGACGGCUUGUCCUGGUUCUAGGAUAUACAGUGCUCCUGAGGCACUUACAGAGAAUCAAACUGCCAAGGUAUGUGUACAUUUGUAUAUUUGGGUUAUAUUUCUGAAUUGUUUAUUUGUGUUUACAAUAAACAGUCUGGUGAAGUAUUUUUAUUAUAGGACGUUAAAUCAAUUUGUCGACUUGGCGGGAUAAAAAUUGUCUGAUCUUUAAAUGCGAUUAAACCCUUUUCCUGGGUAACCGCUCGUGUGCUUUAGGUAUAGUCUAUAGUCCGAAGUGAACUCGUGGUAAAACAUGCCGGAAGCAAGGUUAAUAAGAAAAGAUGAACUUCAACUUCUUGAGAGGAGUCGAACCUAUAUCUCUUCCCUUUAGAAUGCCCCACUGUAGAGCUAGACUAUGCCCUCUCUAUGGGUCACCAAAGAGGCACGAUUCCUGCGUGGCGAACUAGAUUAGACAUAAAAAAUAUUAAACUAGGAAGAACACUCAUAUCAAACUUGAACCUUUUUGCACUCAUUGAUAAUGAACUUAGGUCUACUGUAAAUUUUUUUCCUUAACUAUAAUUUUGUUGUCGAACAUAGCUUGAUGUGUACAGUUUCGGAGUUCUCCUCUGUGAGAUUUGCACCCGGAAACUACCGGAUCCUGACAGGCGUGACGAGCAAGUUGCCAUGGUGAAAAAUCGAAUACUACGAGCUCUCAUCCGGAGAUGUCUGAAACGAGCUCCUGAAGCGAGACCCAGCAUGGAAGACAUCAUCGGUGAACUGGAACAAUCACUUUUUUUUCAAUAUAGGUCUGCAACAAAGUGCCUCAGCAAUGAGACUUUGAUAUGAUCGACUAGCAGUUUUUUUUGUAAAGUGUAUACUACGUAUAAACUUUAGACUAGGUAGAAAAUGCAGCCUGUAGAUCGCACACUGGGUAUGAAUUGUAGUCUGGUGAAGGAAAAUGUCUAAUCGCAC